UCGCCGUUUCGUUCCAACAAGCAACAAAGCUUUUCCUUCUUCAUCACUCCUUUCAGUUUUCUACUUUUCUUUCAUCAACCCCUUUUCCUGCUUUACUAUCUAUAUAUAAUCCUCGAUCGCUCUCCCAGAAUCUUCAUAUCUCGAAGCUUUCUCUCAACUCAACAAUGGAGAAUUUGAUGAUCCUUCUCCCGCUUAUUCUUCUUCUUGCACCGCCUGCUUCGACGACGACUCUUACUUUGGACAACCCUAGUUUCCCAUCAACUCAAGCGAAGAACAUGAUCAGGGACUUCAAUUUGUUCCCAGAACAUGAGAUCAACAUUGUUGAGGGCGAUGCUGGUUUACGAUCGUCGAGUGUCCAGCAGAAGACCAUAGUUGAGAAAUCUUUUAAAUUUCCAAAUUUUACCGAUCCGAAUGGCGCAUCUGUCGCUGAUUUAGGUCAUCAUGCUGGUUACUACCAGAUUGAACACUCCCAUGCUGCGCGGAUGUUCUACUUUUUCUUCGAAUCACGUGGUAAAAAAACAGACCCUGUUGUUAUCUGGUUGACUGGAGGUCCAGGUUGUAGCAGUGAGCUUGCACUUUUCUAUGAAAAUGGCCCGUUCAAGAUCCAAAAGAACUCUUCUCUUGUGUGGAAUGAGUAUGGAUGGGAUCAGGCAUCCAACCUAUUAUAUGUUGACCAACCAACUGGAACCGGCUUUAGUUACAGCACUGAUGAAAGAGACAUUCGACACAAUGAACAGGGUGUCAGUGAUGACCUAUAUGACUUUUUACAGGCCUUCUUUAAAGAGCAUCCUGAAUUUGCAAAGAACGACUUCUUCAUCACUGGAGAAUCAUAUGCUGGUCAUUACAUUCCUGCUUUUGCUGCUCGAGUCCACAAAGGAAACAAAGCUAAAGAAGGAAUCCAUAUAAACUUAAAGGGGUUUGCCAUUGGAAAUGGACUCACCGAUCCACUAGUUCAAUACCAGGCAUACACUGAUUAUGCACUGGACAUGGGAAUAAUUAAGGACUCUGAUUACAAACAAAUCAACAAAAAACUUCCAUUAUGUGAAACUGCAAUUAAACUUUGUGGCACUGAUGGAACAGUGGCUUGCAUGGCUGCAUACAUGGCAUGCAACACCAUUUUUAGUUCAAUCAAAUCCAUUGCUGGAAAUAUCAAUCAUUAUGACAUAAGAAAGGAGUGUGAGGGAAGAUUAUGUUAUGACUUUUCAAACAUGGAGAGUUUUCUUGCUAAGAAAUCUGUGAAGGAGGCUCUUGGAGUUGGAGAUAUUGAUUUUGUAUCUUGUAGUCCUGUUGUAUACCAGGCUAUGCUUGUAGACUGGAUGAGGAAUCUUGAAGCUGGCAUCCCUCACCUCCUUGAAGAUGGAAUUAAAUUGAUGAUAUAUGCUGGAGAAUAUGAUCUCAUCUGCAAUUGGCUCGGUAAUUCAAGAUGGGUCCAUGCAAUGGAAUGGAGUGGCAAGAAAGAGUUUGGUGCAUCUGCUGAACUUCCUUUUGAAGUUGAUGGGUCUGAAGCUGGUUUAUUUAAGACCCAUGGGCCACUCACUUUCCUCAAGGUUCAUGAUGCGGGGCAUAUGGUUCCAAUGGAUCAACCAAAGGCAGCUUUAAGCAUGUUAAAGAGGUGGAUGAGGGGAUCGCUUUCUGAAACUGCAGCUGAACCUCAAUCUGCUGUUUAUUCUGAGUAAGUGAUGUGAGAGCUGAAGGGAGUUUGAUUGUGUGUCUACUGUGUAACCUCUUGUAAAUGAUAAAUGCAUGUUGUGAUAUUUAUAACAAGUUGAAGAAUAAGAGGGCAUAAGUGGCAAGCAUCUUGGUUGUGUAAAUUGUUUUCUAAAUCAAUAGGUCUUGUUUGUGUUUUGUUAA